CUGCUGCUGGUGCCCAUUUCUUGAUUGUUGUUGUGCUGCUGCUGCCUCUACAAGAACUGAUUUCGUGUUAGCUUAUCAUGGAUAAAUCAGUCAACCAACUGGUAAUGGUAGGACAAGACGUACGCGUAUUAGAGAAAUAUAAAGAAGGUUUUAAGAAAUGUUGCGAUAAAGUUGUAUAAGAAUUUAAAUGAGAAAAAAGAUAAGCAUCAACCAAGGACAUGCAAAAACAUGAACCUGUAAUUUACGUUGCGGGCUUAAUACAUUAACCUAAAUUAUCCACGUGUCUUUAAAAAGAUGAAACAGAAAAAAAAUAACGGAACAAUUUUAGUCGUCGUGAUGGUUUUAUCCUGGAGUCAAGUAGUAGACUUAAAAAGUAGUAACACACAUACUCAGGAUUCAGUGUCCGUUUCUCUGCCUGGCGACAUAAUACUUGGUGGGCUAUUUCCGGUCCAUGAAAAAGGUGAAGGUGCUCCUUGCGGACCAAAAGUAUAUAAUAGGGGAGUUCAACGCCUGGAAGCAAUGCUUUAUGCUAUAGAUCGUGUAAACAAUGAUCCCAACAUACUUCCGGGAAUUACGAUAGGAGUCCAUAUACUUGACACCUGUUCAAGAGACACAUAUGCCCUCAAUCAGUCGCUUCAAUUUGUCAGAGCAUCCCUAAACAAUUUAGACACAUCAGUAUAUGAGUGUGCAGAUGGGUCAAGCCCGCAACUAAAAAAAAAUGCUUCGUCAGGCCCAGUUUUUGGAGUUAUUGGCGGUUCCUACAGUUCAGUGUCCUUGCAAGUGGCCAAUUUGCUGCGCUUGUUUCAUAUUCCUCAAGUAUCACCGGCCUCAACCGCUAAAACGCUUUCGGACAAAACACGCUUUGAUCUGUUUGCUAGAACAGUACCACCAGACACUUUCCAAUCCGUAGCCCUCGUGGACAUACUAAAAAACUUUAACUGGUCAUACGUAUCAACGAUACAUUCGGAAGGAUCUUAUGGUGAAUAUGGAAUAGAAGCAUUACACAAGGAAGCUACCGAACGAAAUGUAUGCAUAGCGGUAGCGGAGAAAGUACCCAGUGCCGCAGACGACAAAGUUUUUGAUUCCAUUAUAAGCAAGCUUCAAAAGAAGCCUAACGCUCGCGGCGUUGUACUUUUUACAAGAGCUGAAGAUGCGCGUCGAAUUCUACAAGCAGCUAAACGAGCUAACUUAUCGCAACCAUUUCAUUGGAUAGCAAGUGAUGGUUGGGGGAAACAACAAAAACUACUCGAAGGCUUAGAAGACAUUGCUGAGGGUGCAAUAACUGUAGAACUGCAGUCAGAGAUAAUCGCAGAUUUUGAUCGCUACAUGAUGCAACUGACCCCAGAGACAAAUCAAAGGAAUCCUUGGUUUGCUGAAUACUGGGAAGAUACUUUCAACUGUGUUCUGACAUCCCUUCCGGUAAAACCUGAUGCUUCAAACUCGGUUAAUUCUACUGACAAUAAAAUCGGCGUCAAGGCAAAAACAGAAUGCGACGAUAGUUUCCGGUUAUCUGAAAAAGUUGGAUACGAACAGGAGUCAAAGACACAAUUUGUUGUGGAUGCCGUCUACGCAUUUGCCUAUGCACUUCAUAAUUUGCAUAAUGAUCGAUGCAACACACAAAGCGACCAAACGACAGAUACAAGGAAGCACCUAAAAAGCGAAACUGUGUGGUAUCGAAAAAUUUCGACUGAUACUAAGUCCCAAGCGUGUCCUGACAUGGCUAAUUAUGACGGAAAGGAUUUUUACAACAAUUACCUUUUAAACGUAUCAUUCAUAGAUCUUGCUGGCAGCGAAGUUAAAUUUGAUCGACAGGGCGAUGGUUUGGCCAGAUACGACAUUUUGAAUUAUCAACGGCUAGAAAACUCUUCAGGAUAUCAGUAUAAGGUUAUUGGAAAAUGGUUUAAUGGUUUGCAACUAAACUCAGAAACAGUUGUGUGGAACAAGGAAACCGAACAACCUACUUCGGCCUGUUCACUCCCAUGUGAGGUCGGAAUGAUUAAGAAACAACAGGGGGAUACUUGUUGCUGGAUAUGCGACAGCUGUGAAUCUUUUGAAUACGUAUAUGAUGAGUUUACGUGUAAGGACUGCGGUCCUGGACUUUGGCCCUAUGUUGACAAGCUUUCCUGCUAUGCUUUAGACAUCCAGUAUAUGAAAUGGAACUCGUUGUUUGCGCUUAUUCCGAUGGCCAUUGCAAUUUUUGGUAUUGCAGUGACCAGUAUUGUAAUAGUUUUAUUUGCAAAAAAUCAUGACACUCCAUUGGUAAGAGCUUCGGGACGAGAGCUAAGCUAUACUCUUCUCUUUGGUAUACUGGUUUGCUAUUGUAAUACUUUUGCACUGAUAGCUAAGCCAACAAUUGGCUCAUGUGUUCUACAAAGGUUUGGCAUUGGAGUUGGGUUUUCCAUUAUAUACAGUGCCUUGCUAACAAAAACAAAUCGAAUUUCACGAAUCUUUCACUCUGCUUCUAAGUCAGCACAGCGCCUUAAGUAUAUUAGUCCACAAUCACAAGUGGUGAUAACUACCUCUCUGAUCGCAAUACAGGUGCUAAUCACAAUGAUUUGGAUGGUAGUUGAACCACCAGGAACUCGAUUCUAUUACCCAGACCGAAGAGAGGUGAUUCUUAAGUGCAAAAUACAAGACAUGUCCUUUCUCUUUUCUCAGCUUUAUAAUAUGAUUCUCAUAACCGUUUGCACUAUUUAUGCAAUUAAAACGAGAAAAAUACCUGAAAACUUUAAUGAGUCAAAGUUUAUUGGAUUUACCAUGUAUACCACAUGUAUAAUCUGGCUUGCGUUUGUGCCCAUAUAUUUUGGAACAGGAAAUUCCUAUGAGGUGCAAACUACUACAUUGUGUAUUUCAAUAAGUCUAAGUGCAUCAGUGGCUCUUGUAUGUCUUUAUUCACCUAAAGUAUACAUCCUCGUCUUUCACCCGGACAAGAAUGUUCGCAAGCUGACUAUGAACAGCACUGUCUACAGGCGAUCGGCAGCGGCGGUAGCUCAGGGUGCGCCAACCAGCUCUGGAUAUAGUCGCACACAUGCACCAGGCACUUCUGCCCCAACAGGAGUUGCGGUUGGAACAAAUGCGUCUUCAAGUACCCUUCCGACACAAAAUAGCCCCCACCUUGAUGAAGCUUCAGCCCAAACAAAUGAUGUUCACAAGAGCAAUGGAGAAUUUCUACCUGAAGUUGGCGAACGGUUUGAGCCAAUCUGUCAUAGAGUAAAUAAGUAAGAUUAAUCGUGAGGAAAAAUCCCACUUUAAAACACUGUGCAAUAAAAUAAGACAGUAUAGGUUAACACAUGGCGAAUCUGACUCCUGAACCAAGGACUUAGAGAAAUACAUAGGUCCUCAACAUGAUUGGACACGAGUAACAUCAAACAUUCAGUUACGUAUUUUUAUUUUAUUGUAAAAUAUGUUAUACGAAUCCUACCCUCAGUGUGUGUAUUCUUUAAUUGAAUUCGGUAUCUGUUGAUCAUACUUAUUAAAAUUUUUAAAGGUUGCACAGUGAUCGAAUUCACGAAAAUACAUCCGAGUGCCUCAACUAUCUGGUACCCGUUAUGGAAAUUAAAACCAACAACUCACUUUCUCAAUAGACACUAACGUUAUUUACAAGCCAAAACAGUUAUCAAAUCAUAGCUACCAUAUGAAUUAUAAUAGAAUUAUUGAAUUUUUUGGUAGGAGCACAGUUUUUGAAAGAAAAAGUAGACUGAAAAAAAUAUAUGAUGGUCAUUGAAAGUAAACUUGAUCUGGGGUCAUAUUUACGUAGUUAGAGUCUAAAUCGUUAAUGCUAACUAUCAUGCUAUCAUCAUAACAGACGACAGUUUAUAAAUCGUAUUCAGCUAAAUCUAUGUAACAGGAAGUUUUGUUACUUCAUAAAUUGCAACCUGUCUUCGAAUAAUUUGGCAAGUCAAAUAUAUUAUCUAUAUACCAGACCAUUUUUAUGUCGUCCAAAAUAUAAAUACAACUUAAAUUUACUUCAUCGAAAAACCAUAUUUUUUUCAAAGCAGAAUGGUUUUAAAGUCGUCCCAAAAUAUAAAUAUGGAUUUUUGUCAUUUUGCAACGCAACAAAAGAGACUCUUGCCAAAAUAUGAGGUAUAUUUAAGCUGAGUGAUGACUUCUUUUUUCCUUUUGUCCUUUUUGACGCAAACUAGAAGGGUUAACGCAGAACGCAGACGGGUUCAGUAAAGGGUAUCUGGUGGUUGUGCACUCGACUUAAGCGUCUUUAGUUCUUCCAUUUUUAAUAAAACCAUUUCAUUCACAUUCCUAUAUCCUAUCCAAAAAAAAAGUAAAUAAGAAUCAAAUAUAUUAUUAAAUUAAUCUAAUAGAAAUGACGUAAUAUCGCAUACAAGUCACAACAUAUCUGCAAAAUGGUAAAAUACUUAAGUGUGAACUACGUAUCAUAACCUUCUAACAUUAUUUUACAAAUACGUAUAUGUUUAAAAUUUGUUAGUUUGAAACUUUAAAAUUGUACUUUAGCAGAAGUUUACUACACACUAAAACAGCUUUAUAGCCGUAGAAUACACUUUUGAAUAACAUUAUUGACAGAUUACUGAAAUAGUGGGCACUUAGAGUACUUCGUAAAUAUGGAGCGAGUCUAAAUAAAUGAAUGAAUGGACUUAAUUUGUAUUUACAUACAUAGUUCGAAUCAACGUGUA